AUGGAUAUCUCCAAAGGCAACGAUGGGACAAGGCAAUCCUCCACCGAGCACAUAGAGGAUACACCGCAGUCCUCCACGGACUUCCAGAUCCCAACGGUCACCUGGUGGAAACACUCUGGGCUGCGGAGGUUGUACGUCAUGAUGCCUAUAUUGUUCCUCGGCUCGACGAUCAAUGGAUAUGACGGUUCGCUGUUGAACGGAUUGCAAACCAUGCCGCCGUGGCGGGACUAUUUUGGCGAUCCCACGGGUUCCGACUUAGGGUUGUUAACCGCAAUCCACAAUAUCGGAGGCAUUUGUGCUUUGCUUUUCUCUUCAUAUAUUGCCGACCUACUGGGUCGUCGGGCAGGAGUGGCGGCGGGCAUUAUUGUGAUUUUUGUCGGAGUAGUCGUCCAAUCAAAUGUUAGCCAGGGCUCGGCCCCUCUACUCGUGACCGAACUUGCUCAUCCUCAGCACCGCGGCACAUUGACGACGAUGUACAAUACACUUUGGUAUAUUGGCUCUAUUAUCGCCGCAUGGACUGUGUUUGGUACAAUCGAGUACACCUCAAACGCAUCAUGGAGGAUUCCCGUUGGCCUUCAGGCUGCCAUGCCCGCGAUUCAGUUCGUAGGUGUAUGGUUACUUCCAGAAAGUCCCCGUUGGCUUUGCGCAAAGGGUAAAACUGAUGAUGCGUUCAAUAUCCUCGUCAAAUACCAUGGCAACGGAGACCAGAACGACAAAUUCUGUGAAUGGCAAUAUCGAGAGAUCCAGAACACCAUAAGCAUCGAAAAGGAGACUACCGGGAAUAGCUGGGCGCUGUUAGUCAGAACCCCCGGGAACCGGAAGCGUUUGCUCCUCAUCGCGCUGGUGUCUUUCUUCUCCCAAUGUUCAGGAAACGGGCUUGUUUCAUACUAUAUCCACUCGAUUCUUCAGUCUGUCGGUAUCACUUCAUCCAGCGAUCAAGCAAUCAUCAACGGCGGGUUGCAGAUAUGGUCGUUCCUUGUCGCUAUCGGGUUUUCGGCCUUCCUAGUGGACGUUCUAGGGCGAAGGAAGCUUUUCAUGAUAGCUGCUGUUGGAAUGCUGAUCACCUUUAGCGUUUGGACUGGAUGUUCCGCUGUCUAUGCCCAGAAUGAGAAUUCAAGAGCUGGGAGCGCGGUAAUUGCCAUGAUCUUCCUGUACUAUGGCGUUGCUGGCUUUGCGUGGCCAGGUCUCACAGUAGCGUACUGUGCAGAGAUACUGCCUUUCAACAUUCGAGCCAAGGGGCUUGCUCUCAACCUUGCCUUGACUGCUCUUUCAUCGGUCUUCAACCAGUAUGUGAACCCCAUAGGACUGGAAGAUUUGCAGUGGCGCUUCUACUUUGUUUACAUCGCAAUCCUCGUUGUGGAAUGCCUGUGCAUCUAUUUCCUCUUUGUGGAAACAAAGGGGCCAACACUGGAGGAGAUUGCCGCCCUUUUCGACGGUGAUAAGGUAGCAGUACUGGAUCCCGAGAGUGCUAAGGCAAGGUCUGCGAUCGUAGAGAAGGAAUCUCAAUAG